AUGAGCGAAUAUCUAAAGUCCACAUUAGAGAUGGUCGAGACCCAAUUUUCAAACAGUGCCAUAAUACUGGCUGGAGAUUUCAAUAAGCUGAGCUUUAAAACUGCAGCUAGAUGCUAUGAAUUAAAGCCUACAAUAAACUUCCCUACCAGAGGUUCGAACACUCUUGACCAAAUAUAUACAAAUAUGCAGAACUACUAUCAACCACCAACUAAAAAUCCUCUCUUUGGGCUGUCAGAUCAUAUAACUAUUACUGUAUUUCCAAAAGUACGCGAAAGAUCGAAACUACAAAGAAAAACUAUUAGAAUUCGUCCAAAGAAACGCAGCAAUAUCGCAAGUCUCGGCCGAUUCUUCAUGAAGAUACCGUGGACUGACUUGCUGUUUAAAGCCCAGUCUAGCGACGAAAAGUUGAAUAUAUUUACUGAAAUAAUACGAUACGGUUUGAACACGAUUAUGCCUGAGCGUUCUAUUAAAGUCCACGAAACGGAUAAACCUUGGAUGAAUGCUAACUUAAAACAACUUAUAAAGAGACGACAAAAAGCCUUCUCCUCGGGUGACGUGUUUCUCUAUAAAUUGUUGCGAACAAAGUUAACCGUGAGAGGAAAAGGUGUCGAAUGA